AUGGGUCCCGGAGCCAAAGGUACUACUACUCCAUCCAGCUCCAGUUCACAAGCAUUGGACAGUCGCACUGCGGCCAGCCAGCACUCAGAAAAUUAUUCACCCUCUCAAUUGCCCGGGGAAGAGUCAGUCUACAGUAGCCAGGAAUACCCAAUCAAGUUUAUACUUGACGAGUCUGGUGGCAAAUAUUUAAUCGCGUGGGAGGGUCCAUUUGAACCGACUUGGGAGCCAAAGAGCUGCGCUAGUUACGCGGCUGUGCGUGCCUGGGAAGUUGAAAAGCAGAAAAGAUAUAUCUCUGCAAAACAGUACAAGGAACAAAGGCCGAGGAGAACUUGUCAGACUCCUCGUCGCAAAUCACUAGACUUCGUCUCUUCUUCAUCCCCAGGAAUCUCUACUCAACAGAGUAUUGAGGCCUCACAGCCAUCAUCCACCAACCUCAACUCAUCCAUCCCUUCUUUGUCCCAAGCAACUGCUUCCAGUGGUAGUAUAUUUUGCCCUGAAACCCAGUCUCAAAGCAUCCAGGCAUCCCGUGAAUCAUCUGCCCGUGUAGGCGGAAGCUCAAGUAUCGCUUCGACUGAGAACCAACCAUCAUAUCAUACCCAAACACCCAGGCGCAUCAAUCAAUAUAGUCAGGAAUCCAGUAUACCUGAUUCUACUGCUGCUACUUGGGUACUGGAAUCUACUGCCAGUUCAUAUACCUUACGUGGGCGAACACUAACUUCUACACGAGGACCGCCUCCGCAGCAGCUUCGCCAGGACACGGAUCAGAAUCUUGAAUUUCUAGCACGUACUUAUCAGCCAUCGCAGGGUACUAUUAGUACGAGUAGUGCUACCCACUCAUCUUCCAAAGAGCACAGCCAACGCAAAUUGCGCGAUCAGCUUUUCGGUCCCGAAGUGCUGGAAACCCCGCCCUCUCAAUUGCCCAUUCUAGAUAGGUUGGAGGGACUAUCCCAUCAAAUAGGUGAACCAAGCCUUGAAAACGACAGUCGGAUAAGCCGUAAGGUCACUGAUCAAAGCUUUCCUGAAUUUCAGACACCGCUCCGCAAUUCUAAUACGGUGACUGAAUCUUGCCAGUCAAUUCCGAAGUCGGAAUACCAAGGUGAAGUCAAUCAGCACAGGUAUUAUAAGGCUUCGCUGUCUCGUUCUUUUAUUGAGGAAUCCCCAUUAGCUGCCGCAAGUUCUUGCUCAAAAAACGACAACAGAACUCUUCGGAGGACGGUUAGCGAAGUGAUUCCAAAAAGCAAUAACCUAGAAUACCAACCUCACCUUAAUCGCCUGCCGGCAUCGGUAACCAUGAAUAGCUCACCGCCUGAUAGCAAUGCUUCUAGGGCCUCGGCAAAUGCCGAAGUAGAACGUCAUACACGGGCAACUAGUGUGUCUGAGAAAAUGAAGCAACUGUGGGACAGCGAUCGUGCUCUUAGGAGGCCCCUUAACAGCCUUCCCCAAAGUACGACGUCGUCUUCUGCCGGAGAUAUCUUGCCAUCUGCGCCACCGAAUGCGUCAGACAUCAUCUCACCUCUCAACUCACAGUUGGACAAAGAUACUGCGAAUGCCAUUGGAAACGAAGCACCAAGCUCUGUGCCCAUUCCAUUCGUCACUCCUCAAGCCUUGCAUUACAAUGUUGAGCAGGUUACCUCCGUUCCUGAGGCUCUAGAGUCAACCGUGCAAACGGAGACUACCGAGUUUGAUGCAUCUAGCCCGCAAGAGCAAAACCAAGAUGCAUUGGAACUGGAAGUCAAUGUCCUGACUCUUAGCGAGAUGGAAUUUGCCAUACCGCUGUCUAUGGACUGUCGGGUGAAGGAUGAAUACGAUAAUACCCUGGAAGGUGAGAACAAGUAUGUGGAAAAAUUUUUGGAAUCAUCGCCACAGUCGAGUGAAAUGGGAUCUCUUGAAGGAGAUAGCCAAGGACUGAUCACUAGAAUGGCCACUCUAGUUGAGAAACUUGACAAUAUUACGACACACCCUGAUAUCAACAUAGCUAGCCAGGCUGCUGGAACUUCUCCUGAUACAGCCAAAGAAGCUUUAUGGGCUGAAUACUCGAGCUCAAAGUUCCAAUAUCUUGGUUACCUUAUUGACGCCUCUAAUGAACUUGACCUACACAUUAUCAUAAUGGCGAAACCAGGGAGGACCGUUGAUGUAGUCAAGCGCUACUUGAUGGGUAAGAAUUUUAAUCAAGGGCCUUUCCCAGGAGGCGAACACGGAGACUCUCCUGCUGUUUUCAGCAAAGAGAAAGUCAGCUUCGAAGUACGGUCGACCACCGACGAGCGGGGCAUGCUAGCAUCGAGACCACCGUUUCUUAUCAUAGCCCUGGAUAGCUCCUUUGACGUCAACCUUGAAUCUGUAAAGAAGCUUAGGGUUGCUCAGGGUCACAGUACCCUUGUCCCCGUUGUCCGUUUAAUUAUCGCCAAUACCGUCGAGCAUGUCAAGGCAUGCCUUCCCAAAUGCACUGAAUUAACUAGACUUCGCUUGACGGUACAGCACACACUGGCUUGCAAUGAUUCAGCUGGAGAGCUACAAGACGAUGCUCUUGGUGUCCAGGAGAAUGCUGAAGAAACUCUGAUGUACGUCAUGGAUAACCCUGCUACCAGGACGUGGAAGCUUCCGUUUAUGGAAGCAUUGGAGAUAGAAGGGCAAGGUGAAACCCCUGGCUCAGAGCUUGACCCAAUGUCUUCUACCAAUGCUUCGCGGCAAAAGAGAUGGCUGGAGAGUGAACUUAGUGAUAGCACCAAUCCAUCAAAACGACAGAGAAUAACGCCGACUCAGGAUAUUACACAUGUUAGUGAUUCAGUGAGAGACCUAACGCAAACGGAUCAAAAUAGCAACCCUUCCGCUACACAAAGUCACACGAAUCAGUCUGCCGUCGAUAUUGAAGCCCUCCGUAACGCACUAACGAAUAGCAAAGCUAAAGUGAAGACGCUCGAAGCAAGUAUUGGUGCUCUACAAUACCGCUAUGAAGCGAAACAUAAUCUAUUACAUCAAACUCGACAUGAGCUUGAGAUAGAAAAAGAGAAGUCUCAAAAGUCACUGGCAAGGUUUGAGCGCCAGAAAGAAGAAAUAACAAGACUAAAGGACCGAAAUGCUGAGCUAGUUACCGAGUUGGAAGCGGCAAGGAGUACCAUCAAAUUCGGUGGUGGCUUGGAAUCUGACCUGGAAAAGUCUCGUGAAGAAAUCAGGAAGCUUGAAAAGACCAUGGCAAGUCUCGAGCGGACAGUCCAACAGGAACGUUCGCAAACAGAAUAUACCCGUCAACAAUACCAAAAUGCCUCCACUUCAGCUGCACAGUCGGCAAUGGAGGCCCGUCGGCUUGAGGAAAGAGUCCAGGAGCUGGAGAAGAAAGCAAAUGGCGAAGCAGUCAGGCUUAAAGAAUUGAAAAUGAAAAAAGAUGGGGAAAUGCAACUAGCUCGUAUUAAGGAGUUAGAAUCCUUAUUGGCCACGAGAGAGACUCUCUUGACGAGAAAGGAAGAGGAAAUUCGCGAAAUGAAAAAGAACCGCCCGUCGACUCGCGCAACAAGUAUGCAACCCCGGAGUCCCAAGUACGGCACUAGCCGGCCAUCUAGCCCGGGGCCAAACAAUAUCGGCUCGGCUGUUCGGGGGAGUGCCCUUAAGUUCCGGGCUGAAAUAUAA